AUGGAUACCAUUAAAGCUGCUAUUAAUCUAAAAAAUAGUAAUUUAACAGAGAAUGAUAAUGGUUUAAUGUCCGGUUUAUUACCCUUACAUGCUCAGUUAAUCUUCUUAUCAUUAUUUGCCUUGGUAGUUGUCUUAGCCGUCGUUGGUAAUUCCAUUGUUAUCUGGAUUGUUCUUGCUCAUCGUCGGAUGCGAACUGCCACUAAUUAUUUCCUUGUCAAUUUGGCUUAUGCCGACCUUUUAAAUGCUCUAUUUAAUAUCAUGUUCAAUGCCUAUUAUAUGGUAAAUCAAAUAACAUGGCCAUUUGGGAACUUUAUGUGUAUUGCUGUACAAACUGUUUCACAUGUAUCAAUUGCAGCAAAUGUACUCACAUAUGUGGCAAUUAGUUUAGACAGAUAUUUCGCCAUCAUUCAUCCGCUCCGGACGAAAUUAACACACAACCAAACAAUCACCAUUAUUGUUGUUAUAUGGAUGUUAGCCUUACUUGUUAGUUCACCAGCAACAUGGUCAUUUAGAGUUAGAGAAAGUUAUUGUAGAGUACUCGAUAUACAACCUCAUCGAAAAUUUGAAUGGUUAUUUUUUGUUGUGACUUAUAUAGCGCCAAUUGCUGUACUCACCGUGACUUAUACACGAAUUGCAUUUGAACUCUGGGGACAAACAGGCGAAGUAACGAAACGUCAACGGGACAGUAUUAAAUCUAAACGAAAAGUUGUUAAAAUGUUUCCUCAACAACUUUACUUUAUACUUGCUUCAACUUACAAGAAGAUACCCGAUUGGAAAUAUACGCCAUAUGUUUAUUUAAUCUCUUAUUGGAUGGCAAUGACUAAUUCAAUGUACAAUCCAUUUAUUUAUUGUUGGAUGAACAACAGAGACGGAUUUCGCUAUGUAUUUCGUUGUUGCCCAUGUGUAAAUUCGAGUGCUGAAUUUUCCAGUAUGCAACUUGUAUCAUGUCGAAGUGUUUCAGAACCAACAGCUUUAAGUAUAAUAUCAACAACUCAUCGUAAAAGUAAAUCAAAUCCAUGUGAAAAAUCACGUAAGGUGUCUUGA